UAUUCGCAGUUCACCCACCUUAGCCGCCAUGGGGCUAAGAGCUGCCAGCCUUCUUGUGCUCUGGCUGGCUCUUUCCAAUGCGAGUGAAAUAAGAAAAGGAAGGACAAGAAAUCAUGGCCACUAUGUCUGCAGCACCUGGGGGAACAACCAUUUCAAAACAUUUGAUGGAGAUAUCUAUCAAUUUCCUGGCAUGUGCGAGUAUAACUUUGUUUCUGACUGCCAAGACUCUUACAGAGAGUUCUCUGUCCACAUUCAGCGUGCUCUGAACAGCAAUAAUCACCCUGAGAUCCAAUAUAUCCUGAUAACAAUCACGGAUUUCACCGUGUACCUCAAGCCCAAACUGGCUGUUGUGGAUGGGCGGAUUGUCAAGACACCUUACUACAGCUCUGGUUUGCUCAUUGAGAGCAAUGAUGUUUAUACCAAGGUUUAUGCCAAACUAGGUCUAAUCCUCAUAUGGAAUCAGGAAGAUGCACUGAUGGUGGAGCUGGACAGCAAAUUUGGUAACCAGACAUGUGGUCUUUGUGGGGAUUACAAUGGAGUUCCAAUCUACAAUGAGUUUAUUAGUGGAGUUGCAAGCUACAAUUCAAUUACGUAUGGGAAUUUACAGAAGAUCAGCAAACCCAAUGAUGAAUGUGAAGAUCCUGAUGAAACUCAAGCUCUCCCAAGCUGUAAUGAGCAUCGUGAUGAAUGUGAGAAGUUGCUGACCUCCUCUGCAUUUGCUGAUUGUCACUCACGCCUUAAUCUGGAAAUGUACAUCCAAGCCUGCAUGCAGGACAAAUGUUCAUGUAAAGGAAAUGAGGACUCCUUCUGCCUCUGCAGCACCAUCUCUGAGUAUUCUCGCCAGUGUUCACAUGCAGGUGGCCGGCCGGGUGAAUGGAGGACAGAGAACUUUUGCUACAAGACAUGUCCUGGCAACAUGGUCUAUAGAGAAAGCAGCUCACCCUGCAUGGAUACUUGCUCACACUUGGAAGUCAGCAGCCUUUGUGAGGAACAUUACAUGGAUGGCUGUUUCUGCCCUGAAGGAACUGUGUAUGAUGAUAUCACUGAAAAUGGCUGUGUACCUGUUAGCCAGUGCUACUGCAGACUCCAUGGAAAGGGGUAUUCACCUGGAGAAACCAUUAGCAAUGAGUGUGAGGAAUGCACCUGUGAUUCAGGCAGAUGGACAUGCAAAGAUCUACCCUGUCCAGGCACAUGUUCGGUGGAAGGAGGUUCCCAUAUUACGACCUUUGAUGGGAAGAAAUACACCUUCCAUGGAGACUGUUACUAUGUGUUGGCCAAGAGUGCUGUGAAUAAUACUCAUGCCCUCCUGGCAGAGCUGGCUCCUUGUGGCUCCACAGAUGGACAGACCUGUUUGAAGACUGUUGUGCUGUUAGUAGAUGACAAAAAAAAUGUGGUGGUUUUCAGAUCAGAUGGCAGUGUGUCACUGAAUGAGAUGACAGUGAAUGUACCUCAUGUGUCAGCUAGCUUCUCAGUUUUUAAGCCAUCUUCUUACUACCUCAUUGUACAUACUUCUUUUGGGCUUCAACUGCAGAUUCAGUUGUCUCCAGUCAUGCAGCUGUUUGUGACAAUGGAUCAGUCAGUCCAGGACCUUCAAGGUCUCUGUGGAAAUUUUAAUGGAAUGGAAGGUGAUGACUUUAAAACAACCAGUGGGUUGGUAGAAGCUACAGGAUCUGCCUUUGCUAACACAUGGAAAGCUCAGUCCACCUGUGCAGACCAAGUAGAAAAGCUAGAAGAUCCCUGCAGUCUCAGCAUUGAAAGUGCAAAUUAUGCUGAGCAUUGGUGUUCUUUGCUGAAAAACUCAGAGGGCCCAUUUGCAAGAUGUCACUCAGUCAUUGAUCCUGCAGAAUACUAUAAGAGAUGUAAAUAUGACACCUGUCUCUGCAAGGACAGUGAGGAGUGCUUGUGUGCUGCCCUGUCCUCUUAUUCAAGAGCUUGUGCUUUCAAAGGGAUCGUACUGGGUGGCUGGAGACAAAGUGUCUGCUCUGAUGAAGUGUCUGCUUGCCCAGGAAAUCAAGUCUUCCUCUACAAUCUUACAAUGUGCCAGCAAACCUGUCGUUCCAUUGCUGAUGGUGAAAAGUACUGCUUGCAAGACUUUGCUCCUGUGGAUGGCUGUGGCUGCCCAGAUAAUACAUACUUGGAUAAUCAGGAUACGUGUGUGCCCAUCUCCAAAUGCCCAUGCUAUUACAAGGGGUCGUAUCUGGAACCUGGGGAUUACGUUACAAAGGAUGGAGAGCGUUGUGUUUGCCGAAAUGCGAAGGUCCAGUGUACUUCAGUGACAAUGAGAAUGAAAAGUAUAACAGAAUGUCCUUCAAACAAAACCUACUUUGAUUGCAACGCAUCCCCAGACUGGACUUCACGGACACCCGUGCAACUUCGCUGUGGUACUUCUCAAACUGAUCUUUAUCAAAGUGAAUGUGUCUCAGGCUGCGUGUGUCCUGAAGGUCUGUUUGAUGAUGGUAGAGGGGGCUGUGUUGUGGAAGAGGACUGCCCAUGUAUUCAUAACAGCGACUGGUAUAACCACGGACAGAGCAUAACAGUGGACUGCAACACCUGCACCUGCCAGAAAGGUAUCUGGAGCUGCACUGAAAAUGUGUGCUAUGGGACUUGCAUGAUAUAUGGAAGUGGCCAUUAUAUCACCUUUGAUGGAAAAUUCUAUGACUUUGAUGGAAGUUGUGAAUAUGUGGCUACUCAGGAUUAUUGUGGUGACAAAAAUUCUGGUGGCUCAUUCAGUAUCAUCACAGAGAAUGUCCCUUGUGGAACUACAGGAGUCACCUGCUCAAAGGCCAUUAAAAUGUUUAUAGGGAAAACUGAACUAAAGUUGGAGAACAAGGAUUAUAAAGAAAUUCAGCGAGAUGUUGGUGAUGAUGUGUAUUACCAGAACAAGACAGUAGGUCUCUACCUUGUUAUUGAAGCUAGCAAUGGUGUGAUGCUUAUCUGGGAUAAGAAGACCACUGUUUUCAUCAAACUGACUCCUGACUAUAAAGGGAAAGUGUGUGGUCUGUGUGGCAACUUUGAUGGUAAGUCCAACAAUGACUUUACAAGCAGGAGUGGGCUACAAGAGACAAGUGCUUUGGAGUUUGGGAAUUCCUGGAAGCAGUCAUCUGUGUGCCCUGAUGUCACAGAAGAGAUUAAACCCUGUGAUCUGAAACCACAUCGCAAGCCCUGGGCAGAGAAAGAAUGCAGCCUUAUCCUGAGUGAAAUCUUUAAAAUUUGUCAUUCCAAGGUGAACCCAUCUCCUUUCUAUGAUGCUUGUGUUCAUGAUGCCUGCUCUUGUGACAGCGGUGGAGAUUGUGAUUGCUUCUGUUCUGCUGUUGCUGCAUAUGCACAAGAAUGUACCAAAGCUCAGGCCUGUGUUUUCUGGAGAAGUCCUGAUAUAUGCCCAAUAUUUUGUGACUACUAUAACCCUCGUAAUGAGUGUGAAUGGCACUAUGAACCUUGUGGCAGCAAUGUCAUGACCUGCAGAAUGAUUUAUAAUGUCAGCACCAACUUCUCAGUUCCAUACCUGGAAGGUUGCUACCCCAGAUGCCCUCAUGAAAAGCCCAUUUAUAAUGAAGAGACAAAAGAAUGUGUGGCUGCAGAUGAAUGCUGGUGUUACCACAACGGUAAUCCUGUUAUCAUUGGUGGAGAAAUACCAACAGAAGAGAACUGUACAAAAUGUAUCUGUCGCCCCUCAGGAUCCAUUGAGUGUACACCAAUUCCAGGUUGUCCUUGUGUUAUCAAUGGAACAAGUUAUGAUGUAGGAGAAACUGUUGCAACAGUAAAGGAUGGCGACAUAUGCACAAUAUAUGUUUGUGCAGAAAAUGGAUCUGUAAUUCUUGGAGGUUCUUAUCCUUGUCCAUUAACUACCUCACCUUCAACCAUUACAACCUCUCCUGGUACAAAUACUAUUACUACCAUAGUUACCACAAGUCCUCCAGUAUCUACAACUCCAUGCCUUGGAUUAAUCUGUGAUUGGUCUGAAUGGUUUGAUGUUAGUAACCCUGAAGAAGAUGGUGGUGACUAUGAAACCUAUGAAGAAAUAAGAAAAGAACAUGGAAACAAAAUAUGUGCAGCUCCUGAAAAUAUUGAAUGCAGGGCUAAAGACAGUCCUGAUAAAACCUUAGAGGAACUUGGCCAAAAAGUGGAAUGUAAUGUUACAUAUGGACUCAUCUGUAAAAAUGAGGAGCAAGAUGCAAGUAUCUGGCAUCUUUGCUAUAAUUAUGAAAUCAGGGUAAACUGUUGUGAGUGGCAUGAAUUUCCUUGUGAGACUGCAAGUACACCGAGUUCAAUACCAACUGCAUCUUCAGUCACCACUGGAACAACUGUGCCCACUACUACAAUCCGGCAGUCAACGACAAUUACCACCAUACCAACACCCACUGCAACUACCACAAGCCAACCCACACCUUCAGUAACCACACCAAUAACUUCAGCCUCCACAGUGUCAACAACUGCUCCCACACCAACUCCAUCAGAGUCUCCAACCAGUACUGCCACCACGACACCCUUCAGCAGCAGCACCCAGGGAACUACUCCGACUGUUCCUGGCAUAUCCUCAACCACUCCGACAGUUACAAGCACACUCUCACCACCAAUAGUAACUCAAACCCACUCUCCUCCACCUUCACUACCAGUGACAAAUUGUGAAUGCAUCUGGACAGACUGGAUUGAUUUGAGUCAACCAAAUAGAUCUGAUGUGAACAGUGGAGACUAUGAAACCAUUGACAAAAUAAACAACUCCUCCUUGGUAUGCGUGAAAGCUGAGAAUAUUUCAUGCAGAGCGAAGGAUUACCCUAACAUUUCCCUUGAAGAGUUAGGACAGAAGGUUGAAUGCAAUGUAAACACAGGGCUUAUCUGUAACAAUAAGGAUCAAGAAAACAACAGCAACAUCUCAUACUGCCAUAACUAUGAGGUCAGCAUCUGCUGCACACCAAAUAAACCAGAAUGUCUACCAACACCGGAAUUUACCACGGCAAUCAGCACAACACUGUCACACUCAACCACUACAACCAUAGUUUUCACUUCAACUGUGUCAAGCACAACUGCCCCACCAACAACAACCGGGUCUGCCCCCACUACCACCUCUGGCACAACGCUCUCCAGCAGCACCACCAGCAGCACCGUGAGCACCACGCCUGUUACUGUCACGACCUCAUCCGGCCCGACUUCAGUCAGCACAUCCACACCCACGCCAACACCCACUACCACCUCCCUAACAACUCUACCCACGACAAUGGAAGGUCCCACUUCGCAGAGAACCACGAGUACAAGUGUGUCGAGUACCAGCGUGUCAAGUAGCAGUGCCCCGCCAACAACAACCGGGUCUGCCCCCACUACCACCUCUGGCACAACGCUCUCCAGCAGCACUACCGGCAGCACCGUGAGCACCACGCCUAUUACUGUCACGACCUCGUCCGGCCCGACUUCAGUCAGCACAUCCACACCCACGCCAACACCCACCACCUCCGUAACACCUCCACCCACGACAACGGAAGGUCCCACUUCGCAGAGCACCACGAGUACAAGUGUGUCGAGUACCAGCGUGUCAAGUAGCAGUGCCCCGCCAACAACAACCGGGUCUGCCCCCACUACCACCUCUGGCACAACGCUCUCCAGCAGCACUACCGGCAGCACCGUGAGCACCACGCCUGUUACUGUCACGACCUCAUCCGGCCCGACUUCAGUCAGCACAUCCACACCCACGCCAACACCCACCACCUCCGUAACACCUCCACCCACGACAACGGAAGGUCCCACUUCGCAGAGCACCACGAGUACAAGUGUGUCGAGUACCAGCGUGUCAAGUAGCAGUGCCCCGCCAACAACAACCGGGUCUGCCCCCACUACCACCUCUGGCACAACGCUCUCCAGCAGCACCACCAGCAGCACCGUGAGCACCACGCCUGUUACUGUCACGACCUCAUCCGGCCCGACUUCAGUCAGCACAUCCACACCCACGCCAACACCCACCACCUCUGUAACACCUCCACCCACGACAACGGAAGGAACAUCUUCGUACAGCACUACAAUUCUUACAGGUUCUUCUAGCACCGAAAGUACAACCACUGUGUCUGAGAGCUCUUCGACAACCUCAGUUUCUACACCCAUUAGCACACAAAGUACAGGAGCAUCCUCUCCAUUGUUGACUCCAUCUGGCAGUAUGUCACCACCUUCAGUUUCAACAGUCCCAUCAACAGUCACUACAUCUGGAACAACUCCUACGAAGCCUUUUACCACCACUUCAGGAACAACCUCUAGUUCUUUUAGUACUGUCACUGCAACCACCAUUACCACCUCGGAAAUUGUUUCCUCUGGUUCAGCCAGUACUUCUGGGACAACUCCUAUAUCAAGUACAGUCACCGUUUCAGGAAGCUCUACAUAUAGCACAGUUACUACACUCAGUACUUUAAGUUCAACUGCCAGUCCCAGCUCUAAUUGUACAAUUUCGCCUAAUGAAACUUACGCGCCAGGUGAAUCGUGGUGGCUGUGUAACUGCAUCCAGGCUAUAUGUGUAGAAAACAAUACUGUUGUGAUUGUUCCAGUAAUCUGUGAGCCACCUCCUAAACCCACCUGUUCCAAUGGGCUCGCUCCUGUGCAAGUCAUUGAUGAUGAUCAGUGCUGUUGGCAUUGGGAGUGUGAUUGUUACUGCACUGGCUGGGGAGACCCACAUUAUUUGACUUUUGAUGGACUGUACUACAGCUAUCAAGGGAAUUGCACAUAUGUUCUUGUGGAAGAGAUUGAAAAAACAGUUGACAACUUUGGUGUCUACAUCGAUAACUACCAUUGUGACGCACGGGAUGUAGUUUCCUGUCCACGAGCACUCAUUGUGAGACAUGAGACUCAGGAAGUGCGCAUUGUAACAGUGAAACCAAAUACCCUGGAAGUAGAGGUGACUGUAAACAAACAGGCUGUGGCUUUGCCUUAUAAGAAAUUUGGCUUGAAGAUCUAUGAAUCAGGCAUAAAUCGUGUAGUGGAAAUUCCUGAGCUUAAAAUGAAUGUGACCUUCAAUGGCUUGUCAUUUUCUAUCAGAAUGCCCUACAGCCUGUUUGGAAACAACACUCAAGGACAGUGUGGCACUUGCAAUAACAACAUGGCAGAUGACUGCAGGUUGCCAAAUGGAAAUAUUGCAGAAAACUGUGAAACCAUGGCAGAUCAUUGGCAAGUUGUUGAUCCGUCCAAACCACAGUGUUCUCCAGGCCUAGUUCCUACAAAAGCACCUAGCACAACAACAGGACAGCCUUGCAAAGAAUCUUCCCUCUGUGAGCUUCUUUGGGGAAGUGUGUUUGAGAAGUGCCAUCAAGUUGUUAAGCCUGAUAAGUACUAUGCAGCUUGCGUUUUUGAUAGCUGUAUGCUUCCCGACUUAGACCUGGAAUGCUCAAGUCUGCAGAUCUAUGCAGCUGUCUGUGCCGAUCAAAACGUCUGCAUUGACUGGAGAAGUCAUACCAAUGGUGUUUGCUCUUAUGAAUGUCCCAAACAUAAAGAGUAUAGAGCAUGUGGUCCUAUUCAAGAGACAACCUGCAAGUCAAGUCCACAUAAUGAAACUUCAGUUAAACAAGUGGAAGGCUGUUUCUGUCCUAAUGGUACAAUGCUGUAUGACUCUGGUGUGGAUGUCUGUGUAAAUACCUGCGGCUGUGUUGGAUUGGAUAUGAUACCAAGAGAGUUUGGAGAAAAGUUUAUAGCAGACUGCCAGGACUGUGUUUGCCUGGAAGGUGGAAAUGGCAUUGUAUGUGAACCUCACAAAUGUCCUGAACAAAAUAAGAGGAGUUGUUCUGGGAAAGGCUUCUAUGAAGUCACUGAAGUCAACUCUGAAGAUCCCUGCUGCCCCAUUGUCACUUGCAAAUGCAACACAAGUUUGUGCACAACCAAACCCCCCAAGUGUACGCUGGGAUUUGAAGUUCAGUCUUAUAUUCCCAGUGAUGAGUGCUGUCCUGUGUACCAGUGUGUUCCCAAGAAUGUCUGUGUACAUCAGAAUGCUGAAUUCUUGCCUAAUUCCUCAGUCUUUGUUGAUAAGUGUCACGAUUGCUUCUGCACUAAUGACGUUAACAUCAGCACUCAACUGAAUGUCAUCUCCUGUGAACAUAUUCCAUGCAACACAUACUGUGAACCAGGAUAUGAACGGAAACAAGUAGAAGGUGAAUGUUGUGGCAAAUGUGUGCAGACAAAAUGUAUUAUACAUACAUCACACGGUUCCAGUCUCAUAUUGAAUCCUGGAGAGUUUACAAAUGAUCCUUACAACAACUGCACCAUUUACAGUUGUACAAGUCUCAAGAACCAGCUUUUCUCUUCCACAUCUGAAAUUACAUGUCCUGCAUUCAGUGAGGAGAGCUGCAAACCUGGAACUGUUACAUUCUUACCUAACGGUUGCUGCAAAACCUGUGUACCUUUGGAUAGCCCCACACCAUGCUCUGUCCGUGAGAGAAAAGACUUUAUUGUCUAUAAGAACUGCCGUUCCCUGGAGAGAGUUGUCCUGACUGAAUGUGAAGGAACAUGUGGAACUUUUUCACUGUACUCUGUUGAGGCCAGUUCUAUGGAGCACAGUUGUUCCUGCUGCAAGGAAGUAGAAACUAGCAUGAAGGAAGUGGAACUGAAAUGUCCCUCUGGGGGGUCAAUUACACAUAAAUAUGUGUAUGUGGAAAGCUGUGGCUGUCAGGACACUCAGUGCACAGUCCCAGAAUCUAGUGAGUCUCAGAGCACAGAAGAAAAUGAUGAGAGCGCUCGAAAUCAUAGGAGAAGAGCCAUCAGCUUAACAUCAAAACUGGACCUGGAAGAAACAUAUAAAGAGAAAAUAUGCGGUCUAUGUGGGAACUAUGAUGGCAAUAAGAAGAAUGAUUUAAUUUUGGAUGAUCCCUCAGAGGAGUGUCCUGAGACUAUGGUUUAUAACUAUAGCGUGAAGUACUGCAACCAGUCUUGCCGCUCGCUUGAUGAAGCUGAUCCGCUGUGUAAAGUUCAGAUUGCUCCUAUGGAGGGCUGUGGUUGCCCUGAAGGGACCUACCUCAAUGAUGAGGAGGAAUGUGUGACUCCCGAUGACUGUCCCUGCUACUACAAAGGCAAGAUUGUUCAGCCUGGCAACUCUUUUCAGGAAGACAAGCUGUUGUGCACCUGUAACAAAAGGCAGUGGAACUGCACAGACAAUCCCUGCAAAGGAACCUGCACUGUGUAUGGCAACGGGCACUACAUGAGCUUUGAUGGGGAGAAGUUUGAUUUCCUGGGAGACUGUGACUAUAUCCUAGCUCAGAGCAGUGAAAUCAGGCUUUUAGAAGGACGAAUUCAGGAGAUAGCCACUGAUCCAGGAGCUGAGAAGAAUUAUAAGGUGGAUCUCAGAGGAGGUUAUAUUGUGAUUGAAACAACUCAAGGGAUGAGCUUCAUGUGGGACCAGAAGACAACAGUUAUUGUUCAUGUGACACCAUCUUUCCAGUUUAUUUCUGUCAAAGAGUGGGCUACAUUUAAAAUAACCAAACCACUUACUGCGCCUACACAUAUUACUCAGGGAAAAGUCUGUGGCCUUUGUGGGGACUUUGAUGGCCGCUCAAGGAAUGACUUCACAACCAGAGGGCAGUCUGUGGAGAUGAGCAUUCAGGAGUUUGGAAACAGCUGGAAAAUAACAAGCACCUGCUCCAAUAUCAACAUGACGGACCUGUGUGCUGAUCAGCCUUUCAAAUCUGCCUUGGGACAGAAGCACUGCAGCAUCAUUAAGAGUAGUGUCUUUGAAGCGUGCCACAGUAAGGUGAAUCCAAUACCGUAUUAUGAAUCUUGUGUUUCUGACUUCUGUGGCUGUGACAGUGUGGGAGACUGUGAGUGCUUUUGUACCUCGGUGGCUGCUUAUGCAAGAAGCUGUAGCACAGCUGGUGUCUGUAUCAACUGGAGAACGCCAGCCAUCUGCCGAGAAAAUGUUUCUCUGCCAAUGAAUAUAUCAGGUCAUUGUGCUUACUCCAUUUGCAAUGCAUCAUGCCAGAUUGAAUUAAUCUGGGCAGAGUGUAAAGUCUUUCAAACUGAGGCCCUUGAGACCUGUGAACCAAACUCUGAAGCCUGUCCACCAACAGCUGCUCCCAGUGCAACAAGCCUAGUUCCUGCUACUACGCUGGUUCCUGUGAGCGACUGUCUUGGGCUCAUUCCUCCCAGAAAGGUUUUCUUUAAUGAUAAGAAAGUUGUUCCAGACAUUUCCAAGAAUGGUAUCAGGAUAACCAGUUCUGGCCUUUACAUUAUAGUUGAAAUACCUGAGUUGGAAGUUUAUGUCUCUUACAGUCGACUUGCAUUUUACAUAAAGCUCCCUUUUGGAAAGUAUUAUAACAAUACCAUGGGACUGUGUGGUACAUGUACCAACCAGAAAUCUGAUGAUGCUAGGAAGAGGAAUGGUGAGGUCAUUGAGUCCUUCAAAAAGAUGGCAUUGGAUUGGAAAGUCCCAGUUUCUACCAACAGAUACUGUAAUCCAGGCAUCUCAGAACCAGCUAAGAUUGAAAAUUAUCAGCACUGUGAGCCUUCUGAACUGUGUAAAGUCAUCUGGAACCUGACUGAGUGCCACCACGUGGUCCCCCCGCAGCCCUACUAUGAGGCGUGUGUGGCCAGCAGGUGCUCGCAGCAGCGCCCCAGCACUGAGUGCCAGAGCAUGCAGACAUACGCAGCAUUGUGCGGGCUCCACGGGGUCUGUGUGGACUGGAGAGGGCAGACGAGGGGGCAGUGCGGUUGCACUGCACAAGAUGGAUCGGUGAAACAGCCUGGAGCAGUGGUGCCAAAAAGCUCUUGUGAAGACUGUGUGUGCACAGAUGAGCAGGAUGCUGUGACGCAAACCAACCGCAUCCAGUGCAUCCCAGUGAAAUGCCAAACCACCUGCCAGCAGGGUUUCCGCUACGUGGAAAAGGAGGGUCAGUGCUGCAGCCAGUGUCAGCAAGUGGCUUGUGUGGCAAACUUUCCAUUUGGCAGUGUGACCAUUGAGGUUGGAAAGAGUUAUAAAGCACCAUAUGAUAACUGUACUCAGUACACAUGCACUGAAUCAGGGGGCCAGUUCUCCUUGACUAGUACAGUAAAAGUCUGCCUACCAUUUGAGGAAUCAAACUGUGUCCCAUUUCUACCGGACUUCCAGAAGAUGGGCACAGGUAGUGGGACACAAAUACCACUAUGGAUAUCAAUACUAGCACUUGCCUACAUACAGAUCAAAGUUCAAGCUCAGGGCAAUGAGCAACAAUCACAAUCGAACUAUGACUCUCCACCAUUCCUGCAGCGACAAAAUAAUCUUUCUCCAGUUUCCAAAUCCCAUGGAGUGACGUUCAUCCCACCUCUUCAAAACACACUGAAAGUAAAGGCUGGCAACCCCUCUCACAAUGGCCGUGUAUGCAGUACAUGGGGUAACUUCCACUUCAAGAACUUCGAUGGGGACAUCUUUUACUUCCCUGGGGUCUGCAAUUACAUCUUUGCAUCCAACUGCAAAUCUCCCUAUGAGGACUUCAAUAUCCAGAUUAGGCGCACCAUUGUGGAAAAUGCUACCGUGAUCACUCACGUCAUCAUGAGGCUGGAAGGAGCAGUGGUUGAAUUGACCCGCGCCUCUGUCCUGGUCAAUGGCAAACAGAUUCAGAUGCCCUACAGCCAUAUGGGAGUCUUGAUAGAGAGAAGCAACAACUAUUUGAAAGUUUCUGCCAAGUUAGGACUGAUCUUCCUCUGGAAUGAAGAGGAUGCCCUCCUGGUGGAACUAGAUAAGAAAUAUGCCAACCAAACUUGUGGACUCUGUGGGGACUUCAAUGGAAUUCCAACUAACAAUGAGUUUAUUUCACAGAAUGCAAAACUGACUGCUGUGCAGUUUGGGAAUAGGCAGAAGAUAGAUGGACCCACAGAGCAGUGUGAUGAUCCUAUUCCUUCCGCUGUUCUGAUGAACUGCUCAUCUGAAUUUGCUUCUAUCUGCAAGACAGUAUUAACCAGUGAAGCAUUCACAAGCUGUAAUGCACUUGUGGAUGUUCAGGACUACAUUGAAACUUGCAUACAAGACCUAUGCCACUGUGAUAGUUCUAUGGCCGACUUCUGCAUGUGCAACACCUUUGCUGAAUACUCCCGGCAGUGUGCCCAUGCAGGUGGACAACCUCUGAACUGGAGAACCUCAGAAUUAUGUCCCAAGUCAUGUCCUUUCAACAUGCAACACCAGGAGUGUGGCUCCCCCUGCUCCGACACCUGCAGCAACCCCGAACGAUCUGCACUUUGUGAAGAUCAUUGUACAGAUGGCUGCACCUGUCCUCCAGGAAUGGUGUUUGAUGACAUUAAUGGUGCUGGCUGUAUUCCCCGUAAGGAAUGCCACUGUACCUAUGAAGGCGAAACUUAUGCUCCUGGUACCUCCUUCUCAUCUAAAUGCAGAUCAUGUACUUGUGCUGGGGGUGAAUGGACUUGUGUCAGCCAGUCAUGUCCAGGGACUUGCAGCAUUGAAGGAGGCUCCCACAUUACAACAUUUGAUGAAAAAUAUUAUUCCUUCUAUGGAGAUUGUAGCUAUGUCCUAACCAAGCUCUGUGACAGCAAUGAUUUCACUGUUCUGGGUGACAUCCACAAGUGUGGUCUCACUGACACUGAGACUUGCCUCAAGGGCGUAGCCAUCAGUCUAAACGGAGGACAAACUAACAUUGUGAUCCAGCCUUCUGGCAGUGUGUUUGUGAAUAUGAUCUACACACAGCUGCCCUUCUCUGCAGCAAAUGUCACGAUCUUUAGACCAUCAUCAUUCUUCAUCAUUUUACAAACAACUUUUGGUCUUCAGCUGCAGAUUCAAAUUGUACCUCUCAUGCAACUUUUUAUAAACUUAGAUCCAUCACAGAAAGGGCAGACCUGUGGUCUCUGUGGAAACUUCAAUGACAUCCAGACAGAUGACUUCAGAACCACAAGUGGUGUAAUAGAGGGUACUUCAGCUGCCUUUGGCAAUACUUGGAAAACUCAGGCUGAUUGUCCUGAUGCCAAAAUUACCUUUGAGAACCCCUGCACUCUCAGCAUAGAAAAUGAUAAGUAUGCUCAGCACUGGUGUGGCUUGCUCUCUGAUACCAUGGGACCUUUUGCAGAAUGUCACUCAACAGUGAAUCCAGAAGUUUACCAGAAGAACUGCAUGUUUGAUACAUGUAACUGUGAGAGUACUGAGGACUGCAUGUGUGCUGCCCUUUCCAGCUAUGUCAGAGCCUGUGCUGCUAAAGGAAUACUCCUCAAUGGAUGGAGGAACAAAGUCUGCACAAAAUACACCAACACGUGUCCAAAAUCCUUGGAGUACACUUAUAAUGUUGAUUCCUGUCAACCUACUUGUCGUUCUCUGAGUGAGCCUGAUGUCACAUGCAACAUCAAGUUUGUCCCAGUUGAUGGCUGCACCUGUGUAAAUGGAACCUACAUGGAUGAAAGUGGCAAAUGUGUGCCUGCUUCUAGCUGUCCUUGUUACUACAAAGGAAUGCCUCUGUCUACUGGGGAAGUUAUUCACGAUAAUGGCAUUGUCUGCACUUGCAGUUAUGGAAAGCUGAGCUGCAUUGGAGAGAAACCACCACCAGUCUGUGCACCUCCCAUGGUCUAUGUUGACUGUGGCAAUGCCACUGCAGGUGUCAUAGGAGCAGAGUGCCAGAAGAGUUGUCAGACUUUAGACAUGGAAUGUUACAACACCCACUGUGUCUCUGGCUGCAUAUGUCCUCCUAAUUACGUAUUAGAUGGCAAAGGUGGCUGCAUAGUUGCUGAAGAGUGCCCAUGUGUUCACAAUGGGGAUUCCUACCGUCCAGGAGAAUCAAUCAGAGUUGGCUGUAACAACUGCACGUGUAGAAACAGAAAGUGGCACUGCUCUGAGGAACCUUGCCUAGAAACCUGUUCAGUUUACGGAGAUGGGCAUUAUACCACCUUUGAUGGCAAACGUUUUGAUUUUGAAGGAGACUGUGAAUAUGUUCUAAUCCAGAACUACUGUGGCAGAAAAGGUUUGAAUCAGGGAACUUUCAGAGUAAUCACUGAGAACAUUCCAUGUGGCACAACAGGAACCACCUGCUCCAAGUCUAUUAAAGUUUUCCUGGAGAACUACGAACUGGUACUCAGUGAUGGACAUUCUGAUGUCAUCCAGAGGUCACCCGGAGGAGAAAUGCCAUUCCAAAUUCGUUCCAUGGGCAUCUACAUGGUUGUAGACACUACUGUUGGUCUGAUACUCAUGUGGGACAAGAAAACCAGUAUAUUCAUCAAACUUAGUCCCAGCUUUCAGGGACAUGUCUGUGGCCUUUGUGGAAACUAUGAUGGCAAUGGAAACAAUGACUUCACUACACGCAGUCAGUCUGUGGUAGGAAAUGUGCUGGAGUUUGCCAAUAGCUGGAAAGUGUCUUCUACUUGCCCAAAUGCCAAUCAAACCAAAGAUCCAUGCACCGCAAACCCAUACAGGAAAUCCUGGGCACAGAAGCAAUGCAGCAUCAUUACCAGUGAAGUAUUUGCAAAGUGUCACUCCCAGGUUGAACCGAAUGAGUAUUAUCAAGCAUGUGUGGAUGAUGCUUGUGCUUGUGACACUGGAGGAGACUGUGAAUGUUUCUGUACAGCAGUAGCUGCCUAUGCUCAAGCAUGCAAUGAGCUGGACAUCUGCAUUUCAUGGAGAACCCCAUCCAUUUGUCCUCUGUUCUGCGAUUACUACAAUCCACAGGGGGAAUGUGAGUGGCACUACAAGCCCUGUGGAGCCCCUUGUAUGAAGACCUGUAACAAUCCAAGUGGGAAGUGUCUUCAUGAGUUGAGAGGUUUGGAAGGCUGUUAUCCACACUGCCCUAAGAAUAAGCCCUAUUUUGAUGAAGAAACCAUGGCUUGUGUUUCUAAUUGUGGUUGCCAUGAGAAUGGAAAACAUUACAAGCCAGGAAUGCAGAUGCCUUCAAAACAGAACUGCCAAGCAUGUGAAUGCACAAACCAUGGCAAAAUAUGCAAAUACGAUGAACAUGAAUGUGUCUGCGUUUAUGAAGGACGGACAUAUAACUAUAUGGAUGUGAUCUACAAUACUACAGAUGGCAUAGGAGGCUGUAUUGUUGCAACCUGUGGUCCCAAUGGAACACUUCAAAGAGUUGUGUAUGACUGCCCAAUCUCAAUAUCACCCACAAUACCAUUUCAGUUCAGCACUACACCGCCUGCCACUGCUUCCACAGUUACAUCAUCACCAACGACAUCGGUAUGUGUUCAUGAAGUCUGUCAGUGGUCAGAAUGGUAUGAUGGAAGUCCACUAAUACCUGGAUUUGACGGUGGAGAUUUUGAAACUUUCAGUGAUUUGAGAGCUAAGGGUUAUGAAGUCUGUAGAGCUCCAAAGGCAGUUCAAUGCAGGGCAGAGAAAUUUCCUAACAUACCACUGAAGGAACUCGGCCAAAGUGUAGAAUGUAAUACAAAAGCUGGGCUUAUAUGUUACAACAGAGAUCAAAUUUCAACUAUGUGCUACAAUUAUGAAAUCAGAAUCUUAUGUUGUGUUUUUGUACCAUGCUCUUCCACUUCAUCCAUCACAACACACAGCCCAGUUCCAGAAAUGACAACCACAACAUCAAGUACGAUUACCACAACUUCAUCUACAACCACAGCAACAGGAACUCCUACUGUCACAAGCACUUCUUCGGAAACAGCAAGUACCUCCCCAGAGACUAUCAAUACAACACCUUGCCAACCAAAGUGCAAAUGGUCCAAAUGGUAUGAUGUCCAUUUCCCAACACUGCACAACAAAGGAGAUUAUGAAACCUACCAGGACAUUAGAUCUGCUGGAAAAGCAAUCUGCAGAAACCCUGAAAAAAUACAAUGCAGAGCAGAGAAAUAUCCACAUAAAUCUAUUGAAGAAAUAGGCCAGGUUGUCCACUGCAAUGUAACGUACGGACUUAUCUGCAGAAAUGAAGAUCAAAAAGGAGAACUGCAUAUCUGUCUUAAUUAUCAGGUAAAAGUAUUCUGUUGUGAUGACUACAGCCAUUGCCAAUCAAGCGUGACACCUACGGUACCAGAGGAAAUUACUACAACCACUAUACAAUCACCAGUUACUACAACCUCAGAAACGUCAACAUCUGCAACUAAAAUAACAUCACCAAUCACCAUAUCUCCUUCAACAGCAGCAAUCUGUGCAAAAGAAGAAUGUGACUGGUCAAUUUGGUAUGAUGUCAGCUAUCCAGAAUCAGGAUACAAUGAUGGAGACUUUGAUACAAUUCAGAAUAUAAGAAAACAGGGAUAUAAAGUUUGUGCUAACAGAAAGGCUGUUGAAUGCAGAGCGGUAAGAUUCCCUAAUACACCAUAUGAACUCCUGGAACAACAUAUUACAUGCAACGCUGAAGAAGGUUUAAUAUGCUAUAAUAAAGACCAGCUACCACCAAUCUGCUACAACUACGAAGUAAGAUUUAAAUGCUGUAAAAAUGUAACAGUACCAUGCCAAACAACACAAACACCGUAUUCAACUACAGAAACACAAGCAAGAACAAUUUCAACAACAAAAACUACACCAUAUACAAAAGUAUCAACAACACAAUACACACCACAGAUACAAACAAAACAUAAGACAACUACGACAGAAACAAUACCACCAAGAACAGAAAAUAUCCAUAGCGAAACAACAACACCACCAAAACAAAUCAUACAAACAGAAACACAGACAACAAAGAAAACAGCUAUACCGACAGUCACAAUCACAACCAGCAGCACUACGCCCUCCACAACAAUGGAACUUUGCACCAGCACCACAUCCUCCACAAUGACCCCUACUCUCAUCUCCUCUACCAGCUCCCCUUCCACAACGCAACACGCGACCACCUGCGACCUUGAACUGUGCUCCUGGACGGACUGGUUUGACGUUGACUUCCCCUCCUCGGGGACAAGCCAGGGAGACUUCGAAACCUACCAGCACAUCCGCGCUGCCGGGAAGGAAGUCUGUCAGCAGCCCAAACAAAUUGAGUGCCAGGCCGAGGACUACCCCGACAUUUCCAUCGAACAAGUCGGACAGGUUGUGCAGUGUGACGUUCACUACGGACUGGUGUGCAAGAACCAGGACCAGCGCGGCAGUUUCAAGAUGUGCCUCAACUACAGGAUCCGUGUCCUCUGCUGCCGGCCUAACCCCAACUGCGUACAGACCAUCACUCCUACCACCAGUCCCACCACCACCAUCUCCGCAAGCACCUCCUCCCCUACACCCUUCAUCACAGUCACAACCUCCACCUCCACCGCUACGACCUCCACAACCGGAACAACACCAACAACCAGCACCAGCACCCUCUCGCCGACUCCUACUCCCAUCUCCUCUUCCAGCUCCCCUUCCACCACGCAGCACGUGACCACCUGCGACCUUGAACUGUGCUCCUGGACGGACUGGUUUGACGUUGACUUCCCCUCCUCGGGGACAAGCCAGGGAGACUUCGAAACCUACCAGCACAUCCGUGCUGCCGGGAAGGAAGUCUGUCAGCAGCCCAAGCAAAUUGAGUGCCAGGCCGAGGACUACCCUGACAUUUCCAUCGAACAAGUCGGACAGGUUGUGCAGUGUGACGUUCACUACGGACUGGUGUGCAAGAACCAGGACCAGCGCGGCAGUUUCAAGAUGUGCCUCAACUACAGGAUCCGUGUCCUCUGCUGCCGGCCUAACCCCAACUGCGUACAGACCAUCACUCCUACCACCAGUCCCACCACCACCAUCUCCGCAAGCACCUCCUCCCCUACACCCUUCAUCACAGUCACAACCUCCACCUCCACCGCUACGACCUCCACAACCGGAACAACACCAACAACCAGCACCAGCACCCUCUCGCCGACUCCUACUCCCAUCUCCUCUUCCAGCUCCCCUUCCACCACGCAGCACGUGACCACCUGCGACCUUGAACUGUGCUCCUGGACGGACUGGUUUGACGUUGACUUCCCCUCCUCGGGGACAAGCCAGGGAGACUUCGAAACCUACCACCAACUGCGUACAGACCAUCACUCCUACCACCAGUCCCACCACCACCAUCUCCGCAAGCACCUCCUCCCCUACACCCUUCAUCACAGUCACAACCUCCACCUCCACCGCUACGACCUCCACAACCGGAACAACACCAACAACCAGCACCAGCACCCUCUCGCCGACUCCUACUCCCAUCUCCUCUUCCAGCUCCCCUUCACCACGCAGCACGUGACCACCUGUGACCUUGAACUGUGCUCCUGGACGGACUGGUUUGACGUUGACUUCCCCUCCUCGGGGACAAGCCAGGGAGACUUCGAAACCUACCAGCACAUCCGCGCUGCCGGGAAGGAAGUCUGUCAGCAGCCCAAACAAAUUGAGUGCCAGGCCGAGGACUACCCUGACAUUUCCAUCGAACAAGUCGGACAGGUUGUGCAGUGUGACGUUCACUACGGACUGGUGUGCAAGAACCAGGACCAGCGCGGCAGUUUCAAGAUGUGCCUCAACUACAGGAUCCGUGUCCUCUGCUGCCGGCCUAACCCCAACUGCGUACAGACCAUCACUCCUACCACCAGUCCCACCACCUCCAUCUCCGCAAGCACCUUCUCCCCUCCAUCCCUCAUCACAGUUACAGGUUCUACAAUUUCCUCCAGUUUCAGCACCACGACCUCUACAUCAACACCAUGUUUCUGUAAAAUUGGAAACAACAUUUAUUCUCCUGGUGAACUGAUUUACAGCACAAUGGAUAGUGAUGGAUGUAGAUUUUAUGCUAGGUGUAGUGAAACAUGUACAGUUGAACGCUACACUGGAGACUGUAAUUUUACUACUCCAUUAACCACUACAUCUUAUCAGACGCCUAUCAUAACAACAACACAUCCAAUUCUUCCUCCGGGUUGUGUUUCUAGUACUCACCCUCCCCUACAGCCUGGCCAGAGAUUCAAAUUAUCCAACUGUACAGAACUCAUCUGUGAGGGAAACAACAAAGUUAAAGUAAAUCAAACAGUGUGUCCACCUAUAAAGGAAAUUACCUGUGCAAACAAAUAUCCAGCAGUAUUGGUACCUGAUGAAAAUGGAUGCUGUUACCACUAUGAGUGUCAAUGUGUCUGCAGCGGAUGGGGUGAUCCUCAUUAUAUUACUUUUGAUGGAACAUACUAUACUUUCCUUGAAAACUGCACUUAUGUUCUGGUGAAACAGAUUGUGCCUAAAUAUGACAACUUCCGUGUUCACAUUGAGAAUUACUACUGUGAUUCAAAAGAUGGACUUUCCUGUCCUAAAUCCAUUAUUAUUUUCUACAAAACUGCAACAGUGAAGCUGACCCGUGAACUCCUGAAUGGUGUGAUGACAAAUGUGAUGUACUUCAACAAUAAGAUUGUCCAACCAGGCUUUCACAAAGAUGGCAUUUAUUUCUCCACGCUUGGUAUCAAUAUGAUUGUAGAAAUACCAGAGAUUGGCGCAACCAUCACCUUCAGUGGGCUGAUCUUUUCUGUGAAACUUCCGUACAGCAAAUUUGGCAACAAUACUGAAGGACAAUGUGGAACAUGUACAAAUAACAAAAGAGAUGAAUGUCGCUUGCCAAGUGGUAAGAUCAUUUCUUCCUGCCCCCAAAUGGCUCAUCACUGGCUUGUUGGUAAUGACACAUCAUGCACUGGAGCACCACCACCAUCAAUAGUAACCACACCUCCUGCAAGGCCACAGUGUCAUGUUCCUGAACUCUGCAAGCUUAUCAUAAGCAAAGUUUUUGCAGAAUGCCAUGAUGUGAUACCUCCAGAACCAUUUUACAAAGGAUGUGUUUUUGAUGGAUGUCGCAUAACUGAUGAAUCCAUGCAGUGUUCCAGUUUGGAGAUAUAUGCUACAGAGUGUGCUGCAAGAGGUGUCUGCAUUGACUGGAGAGGAAAGACAAACAAUACCUGCCCAUACAACUGUCCAGCAAACAUGAUAUACAAUCCAUGUGGGUCCAUUAAUCCUGCUACCUGCAGCCAAAGCUUUGUUGACCAUCCUGGCUAUGGAGUAACUGAAGGUUGUUUCUGUCCUGAAGGAAAGACACUCCUGAGUGAAGACAGCAACAUUUGUGUCUCUGAAUGCUCUUGUAGAGAACCAAAUGGAGUAUCCAGAUGGCCAGGAGAAAAAUGGACAAAAAAUUGCCAGGAAUGUGUCUGUGACAGAUUUACUCUCAGAGUGCAUUGUACAAAAUAUGAAUGUCCUCUGCCACAGCAAGUAUCUUGUUCUGAACCAGGAUACAUGCCUGUUCAGACACAGAUACCAGAAGAUCCAUGUUGUACCAGGACUGAGUGCUACUGCAACACGAGCCUCUGCCCGGAGGUCACACACCAAUGCUUAGAGGGACAGGAAGUAAUUACAGUGACACAGCCUGGAAAAUGCUGCCCUACCUUUGAAUGCAGACAUGGCUGUGUAGUCAAUGAAACCUACUAUGCGCCUGGAACUGUGAUCCCAUCAGGCCCCUGUGAAAGCUGCAUCUGCUCCAAAUCCUCUUACUCAAGCCGUCAGAAGUUUGCUGUCAAGUGCCAGCCUGUUACCUGUGACACCUACUGUCCAGUGGGUUACAAGUAUACAGAGGAACCUGGAAAGUGCUGUGGCACAUGCAAGGCUGAAGCCUGCAUAGUGGUCAUGGAAGACAACACUACACAUGUGCUUAAGGUUGGAAAAUUCUGGAGCCCACCUGGUAAUAACUGUACAACUUACACAUGUGAAAAAUACAAUGGCCAGUUCAUUACAGUCAUAUCAAAGAAAAGCUGUCCCGCCUUCAACCCGGAUCUCUGUGAACCUGACAGCAUCAGGCUAUCAGAUGAUGGCUGCUGUAGAGUGUGCUCGAUCCCACCAUCAGGUUGCAAGAAGCACAACUCCACUACUGUCAUUAAAUACCAAGGAUGUGUUUCUGCACCUGUUGAGAUGACAUACUGUGAAGGCAGCUGUGAUGCUUACUCAAGGUACUCUCAAGAAGCAAACAUGAUGGAACAUAAAUGCUCAUGUUGCCAGGAAAUCCAGACUAGUGUAAGAAAGGUGACUUUGACAUGCAGUGAUGGAACCUAUCUUGAUCACUCAUACACCUAUGUGGACCAAUGCAGCUGUGUGGGUGCUGAGUGUGUUCCACAAGACAUUGACAAACAACAACAGCAAACAGACAAAAUAUGAGAUAAAGACCUCACAAGAAAAAGGGAACGUCUAAAAUUAAAAGUAAGGAGAAGCCAAAUGAGUUGAACAUAGAUGAAAACAAACAUUUGAAAGAAAGUGUCAAAAGCAGCUACAAUUUUUGACGAACAGAUUAUAUUUUCUGCAUACAAACUCAAUAUGUCUGUCUACGUUAUGUCAGCUUUCCUUACCAUUGUAUCUCGUACUGUUUUUCAUGACUUUUCUUUACACCUUGAGAGGUACAGUAUAACAUCAUUUUUAUAUUUCUCGUUAGUUAGUUUGUCUUAUGAGAAAUACUAAACCAUAAGAUUUAGACCACACACAGUCUUUUAUUAGAAUGACAUUCUUUUCAAGGCUUUUCUUUGAUGGCACAAUAUAAACUGCACUGGUGCAGAAUAAAUGUUAGUCUAUAGGAAAUCAAGUUUUGCUGGUCAUUACAUUCUGCAACUACUUGACAAUAUCUGAGAUUUCCAUUGAUACACUGAACUAUUACGGAACAUUUCAAUUUAAGUUCAUUGAGACAAAUCAAAAGCUAAAGUCCAAAAAAAAGAAAACUGUACCUCUCUUUCACUUUCUUUUUUGUAUUAUGGAAAACUUAAAUUGCAAAAAGCCAUAUCUUCUCAAAGCUAUAAAAUUCAAUGUUAGAAAGAAUUUCUGGGACAUUUCCCUAUCUAUUCUCAUGAGAAAGAAAAGAAAGAAAAAAAAGAA